AUGGCUCCGCAGGACUCUUUCAUUGAGGAGGAGGAAGAUGUCUGCCCUCUUUGCAUCGAGGAGUUUGAUCUUUCGGACCGCAACUUUCGGCCAUGUCCUUGUGGAUACCAGGUCUGUCAGUUCUGCUUCAACAACAUCAAGAACAACAUGAACGGCCUGUGCCCGGCGUGCAGACGGCCAUAUGACGAGAAAACAAUACAGUGGAAAGUCGUGACCCAGGAAGAAGUCGCCGAGUUUCGCGCCAAUAUUCAAAAGAAUCAGAAGAAACGAGCUCAAGAGCAAAGGCAGAAGGAGGUACAGAAACGCGAGGCGGAGAAGGAAAACCGCAAAAAUCUCAUCGGAGUACGCGUUGUCCAAAAGAACCUCGUCUACAUCACCGGCCUCGCACCCACGGUUCGCGAAGACGAGCUGCUCAAGACUUUGCGAAAACCCGAGUUCUUCGGCCAAUAUGGCAACAUCCAGAAGAUUUCCAUUAGCAAUCGAAAAAGCUCGGAUGGUCAACAUCACUCACUAGGCAUCUAUGUUACCUUCGAGAGGCCGGAGGAGGCCACCCGGUGCAUCCAAGCUGUGCAUGGAUCCCAGAACGGCGACCGAGUCUUGAAAGCACAGCAUGGAACAACAAAGUACUGCUCGGCGUGGCUGAAGAACGAGAAGUGCAACAACCCUGGAUGCAUGUUCUUGCACGAGCAAGGUGAUGAGGAGGACAGCUACACGCGUCAGGACCUGUCUUCUAUGAACAGCAUUCACACCCAAAGACCGCUGCCAGGUGGCGGCGGUGGAACGUCGUCUCGCGCCGCCUCCCGUCAGCAGCCAGCCCAGCCAACACCGCCUCCUGCCUCUCAAUCCAUGGCCCGCUCGACUAGCAAGGAUGGGUCCGAUAACGGAGUGGACACGUCGGCGCUGCCUUCAUCGGCGAACUGGGCUCGGAACCCGCAGCGGAGCCGUAGGGGCAGUCAUGCUACCAGUGGUGCCGCGUCAAGCCCGGCCGUCUCAACGUCCUUGCCUGCUACGACGGAGACUACUCAGCAGGUCGCAGAAGAUGCCGAAGCUUCGGCUGCCAGCGCGACACCGAAGUACAAGCAGCCAGAGAGUUCACCUGUCGGGAACCACGUUGCGGCCGCUCUCGACAAGUCUCUGCGGGAUAUGUUAAGGGCUCUGGAAGCCUGCACGCUGCCCCGGCUCGACGAUGGCCAGGGCGGUGAAGCAGACCCGCCCAUGUUCGAUGUUCGAGGUGGUGAGAAGCGAAGAGUUAUUCGGGAAGAGGAUGAUACACGAGUUGGUGACCCCGAGGAGCUGGCCGAAGUUCAGAUCCCCUCUGAAGGAGAGCCCGAAACCGGCGGCGGUAGUCUCGCGCUUGGCGGUGAGCCCGAAGAGCGGGACCUGGGUGGUGAUGGCCACGGCUUCGACCAAAGGCAAGCCAGUUCCCAACCCCCGAUCCAGAGGGCCAGCAUCGACGGCCUUUUCGGUUCUGGACUUGGCAGCUCCAACUUUGGUCAGAGCUCUGCCAGAGCCAUGACUCCGCAGCACCUUGCUUCCCUGAGAUCCCAGCAAGGCGGUUUCGGCGAGCAGAUGCCUCCAGGGAUGUCCAACCAAAGCAGCAUGUUCCAGGGGCAGGGUCACAACCGCCAGUCGUCGCGGUUCAGCUUCGCCAACGACAAUGCAAAUUCUGCGACCAAUGUCAAGCUUGCGGCAAACUCGAGGAUCAUGGCCCAGCAAUCCUCGAUGAUGCCAAACUCCUUCCAGUCUCAGGGAGGCAACCAGUUCUACGGGUCCUCGAUGCCGGGGCCCCCUCCCGGCCUCAAGUCAAGUGGGACGCCUCCAAGCAUGUUUGGCCAGUCGUUUGGCGGAUCGGGAUUCGGCGCUGCCCCCAAGGAUUCCUCCAACGACCUGCUUCAGAGUCUCAUUGGGCGGAACCGGGGAGGCGGCAACCAGCCUCAUGAUGCGGGAAAGCCUCCUGCUUCCGGCCUCCUGGCAUCGCUCUACGGUAACCACGCCGGGGCAUUCCAAGACUUGGGCUCGAAGCAGAAGAAGAAGGGGAAGAAGCACAGACAUGCUAACACUUCCUCCUCUGGGGGGAGUGGCUUAGUAGAUCUUGCGGACCCGAGUAUCCUGCAGGCCAGAAUGCAGCACCAGUCACAGAGCAAUGCCGGAGUCGGUCAGGGGCUGUUUGGAGGCCAGAGCCAAGACGACGAACUUCCCUCGCUGGACGAAGCGACGAAUUCGGUUGACGCCUUGGUGUCCGACGAACCCCAGAGCGUAUUCGCGCAGUCCCAGCCCACCCCCACCGCGGAAGCUGGCCGAUCGGCGCCUCCCGGCCUCGCUCCCUCUCAUGGACAUCCGGAAGCCGUGUCGAAAACUAGCCCGGCGCCGAGCCGCUCACGGCCCGCGAAUAUCGUCCCUGCAGUGCCCAGGUUUUCAGCAUUGGGCCUCGAUCACGGCACGGUAACCCCCGAGCAGACGCCGCGGAAGGCAACUCAUGGCUCGAUAUUCGCCGUCGAACAUAGGCUGGCAAAGGGCGCCUCGUCUCAAACUCGGCAAAGCCAGUCUCGAGGCUCUGCCGCCUUGCAGGAUGAAGACUUCCCGGCCCUGAAUGCACCAAGGGCCAGGGAAAUGCAGCCGGCAUCGCCCGCGAUCCCAUUCGUGCCGACUCCGAAGGGCACCCCUGCACCAAAGAGGCCUGCCGACAAGGUCUCGGAGAAGGCCUCUGAAAAGGCAGUCAUGAGCCCCAUCGCCGCGUCCGCGCCCUUUCCGGAAACUUCAAACAUGAAGCAUGGGCCUGUCAAUGCUGAUGCUCUCAAGUCCGUUGACGAUUUGGCGGAAGACUCGUCCAGGUCCGAGGGAUCGACGGACCAUUCGGCCACUCUUCCUCCAAUUCACACAUCCUCGGCCGGAACGGCUUCAUCGCCCAUUCAACGGGCAGCCCCUAGAUCGAUACGAGUAAUGCCCACGGCCAGAGCCGAGGGAAAUACCCUGCCAUCACCCGCUCACUCGGUUGCUUCCAAGUGUCUUUCCCUGUCGCACAUCCCAGAUACGCCAGGGAGCGAGAUAGUCAGCGAUACUGCGUCGGUGUUGUCCGCGUCGGUGUCAGCUUCCCGAGCAGAAUCGCCGCCGCCGAGCAGGAUCGGCUCCGCCAGCGUUCGGUCCACGACUAAAAGCCAACAGCGCAAACAACGCAAGGAGGCCUUGAAGAUAGAGACCAAGGUCAUAAGCGAGGCUCUCAAGGCGGAACCCGAGGUGCAUGCUCCUGUGGUUGGGCGCAAGAAGAAGCAAAAGAAGGAGAAGCCUGCAAGGACGACGGCUGGCCAGCCACGCGCCGGCACUAGCCCUCAGGGGCCAGUCCCGGAAGAUAAGCCCGCCGCGAAGAGUGUUGUACAGGAGGAGACCAUUGUGGACAAGAAGAAGUCCUCCAAGGGUAAAAGCAAGCUGUCGCCCCCUCUUCCUGCCGAGCCUGCACCGCCGCCGCCGCCCGCUGGGACUGAAAAACCCUAUCCCGGCCCAGCGUCCGUGCCCCUCGCCAGCAGCUCGUCUCGCCAAGAGCAUGGCGGUGCUGGCAACACUCAGGCAGGAAGUAAGUCGGGGUACUGCAAAGACUGCUCGUGCAAAUGCGGCGAGAUCCACGACGACGAUCUCGCCGCCCUUCGCGCUGGGAAGCCGGUGCGGAAGCAGCUCCACGUUGACGGCAGCCGCAUGCUCAUCACACCCAACGGUGAUUGCAUCCGCGGCCUGACGCCCGACGAGGAGGACGCGUUUCUCGAUCUCCAGACGGCCAUUGCGGCCACGGCCGAAAACCCAGGUGCUUUUGUCGCGCCCCGACACCAGCCCGGCAGCGGCGCCUUUUCCCUCAUCAAGGGCCGGGCCGUGCCCAACGGGCGUCCCAAUAUCUUCCCCGCAACGUCUCAGCCGCAGCCGCAGGACCCCAUUGGAAAGCUGCAACGCGAGGACGCCCUGAGCUACAUCAACCAGUACGUGCUGCCACGCCUCAACCUGGGCGCCGGCAGCAUGGGGCUGCCCAAGGGGGCAUCGCCCAUGCGCGACUCGGCGGCCGCCAGCCUCAACUCGCUGGCGCCCUACUUUUACGGACCGGACGCGGCGGCGGGCGUGGGCAUCUACAGCGCGCCCGACGGGGCUCGCGCCAUGCACGACUUUGCGUCGCCGCCGGCUGCCGUGGGGGCUGGGGCGGCGGCGGGCGUGGGAGUGGGAGGAGCCCAGAGCGGAGGCGGCGAUGACGGAGCCAAGAUGCCCGGCGGCGGCAGUGGCGGCGUCGGGGGCAUGCCCCUGAUGAGCGUCGAGGAUGCCGAGAUGGCCCUGGCGAUGGCCCGCAAGGAGACGGACAAGCUCGAGAAGGGCCUCAACGCGGUCAUCAAGCGCAACAAGAGGCUGCUCCUGGGAGGCGGCAACUGA